AUGAGCGGCGUCCAGCUACCCCCGGCUACCCACCGCCAGCGUGCCCUCCCGCAAGGCGAGCUCGAAGCCGCCUCAACACUCAAGCUCGGCGCGGACCAAAACACGCAUACACUAUCGUUAUCAGAAGCCAGUCUCGUUAUCGACAAGGUUCUUGAGAACAAACGAAGAGGGGGGAAGAAAUACGAGGAGCCUGAGAACCUUUUAAAGACCCUGGAAUACCUUGGGCUUUUUGCGCGCUUCAAGGAUGAGGAGAACAUCAAGGCCGUUGAGCGGCUGUUGAACUCGCAUACGGAGUUGGAGAUGUUCGAGAGGUCGCAGCUCGGAAGUCUAUGCUGCGACAACGCCGAGGAAGCGAAGUCGCUUAUCCCCAGUCUGCAGAACAAGAUCUCUGAUGGUGAUUUGCAGGAGCUGUUGGAUGAGUUGACGAAGCUGCGAAACUUCACCGAGUAG